AUGAACGAACGCCGUGACAUUCACUCCAGUCUGCCCCAGGGCUUCGGUAAGGCCUGCCCUGAAAAUGAGCAGGAUAAUCAGCUUCUAAAUCUCCCUGAGAAAAUGCGUCAACGACUGAUGCCUUUCCAGAGGGAGGGCGUCAAAUUUGCCCUGGCCAGAAAUGGAAGGUGUAUGAUUGCAGAUGAGAUGGGCCUUGGGAAGACGAUUCAGGCCAUCUCCGUGGCCUACAUGUAUAGACAUGAGUGGCCCUUGCUCAUCGUGGUCCCGUCCUCGUUGAAGUACCCCUGGAUAGAGGAGAUGGAGAAAUGGAUACCCGAGCUGGCCCCGGAGGACAUCAACCUGGUGGAGAACAAGACGGAUAUUGCGGGAAUCGGCCGCAGCAAGGUGACCGUUUUGGGAUACGGGCUGCUGACCACUGACGCUCGCGCCCUGGUGGACGCGCUCACCAAGCAGAACUUCAGGGUGGUGCUGGUGGACGAGUCCCACUACCUGAAGUCCAGGAACGCGGCCCGCAGCCAGAUCCUGGUGCCCCUCGUCCAGAAAGCAAAGCGCGCCAUAUUGCUGACGGGGACCCCAGCACUGGGGCGUCCGGAAGAGCUUUUUAUGCAGAUUGACGCUCUCUAUCCGCGGAGGUUCGGAUCAUGGUCUGACUAUGCCAAAAAAUAUUGUAAUGCUCAUUUCAGGUUUUUCGGGAACCGGCGGCAGUGGGACUGCCGGGGCGCGUCCCACCUGGAGGAGCUGCACCAGCGCCUGAGCGAGAUAAUGAUCCGCCGGCUGAAGGCCCAGGUGCUCACCCAGCUGCCCCCGAAAGUCCGCCAGCGCAUCCCGUUCGACCUUCCCAAAGACGCGGCCAAGGAAGCCAGCGCCAGCUUUGAGGAAUGGGAGAAGUUAAUGAGGAAGCUGGACUCGGGGGCCGGGGGUGAUGAUAACCCCUUUGUGGAAGUCAUGGGGCUCAUUACCCGCAUGUACAAGCAGACGGCCAUCGCCAAGGCGGGAGCGGUGAAGGACUACAUCAAAAUGAUGCUGGAAAACGAGAGGCUCAAGUUCCUGGUCUUCGCCCAUCACCUCACCAUGCUGCAGGCGUGCACGGAGGCUGUCAUCGAGGCCAAGGCGCGGUACGUCCGUAUCGACGGGAGCGUCCCGUCGUCUGAGCGGAUCCAGCUGGUCCACCAGUUCCAGAACGACCCCGACACGCGAGUGGCCAUCCUCAGCAUCCAGGCCGCCGGCCAGGGCCUGACGUUCACGGCCGCCACCCACGUGGUGUUCGCCGAGCUGUACUGGAACCCGGGCCACGUGAAGCAGGCGGAGGACCGGGCCCACCGCAUCGGCCAGACCAGCUCCGUCCACGUCCACUACCUCAUCGCCAAGGGCACCUUCGACACCAUCAUGUGGGGCAUGCUGAACAGGAAGGAGACCGUUACCGGCAGUACUUUAAAUGGAAAGAAGGAGUACCUGAAGGCGGAAAUCGGGGACAAGGGAAAAUGGGACUUCCUGAAUUUUGCGCAGGCGUGGACACCGAGCGAGGCUUUGGACGAGGACGCCAAAGGCUGCCAAGAUGUCUUCUUCUCCCAUUUUGAGAAGGACAGACAGCAUGACAUCCGCACGUUUUUCUCACCGAGCGCGCGGAAGGAGAGGAAGAGGAGCAGACCGGAGGAUGAAGAUGCCACCCUCCCGCCGUCGGAGCAGGGGGCGGAGAGAGGGGAGGAGCAGAGCCAGCCAGAGGGGAGCCGAAGCGGAACCUCAGGAGGGCAGGACGAGGACUUCUCCCCCCAGACCAAACGGCUCCGGUUUGCCAGCCCCCAGCCGUCUGCUGUGAGGAAGACGAGGAGGUCCUGGACGGGAAAGGCCAGCUCCCCUUUCUCGCUCCUGGCCUCCCGCCGGCUGUCGGAGGGAGCCCCCGCCCCUCCCGUGGGCGAGAGGAAGGGGUGGAGCUGCACGGCCUGCACCUACUUCAACAGCACCCUCCUCCCCUACUGUGAGAUGUGUGAGACCGCGCGCUCCGUCACGGCCGCCAGCGGCAGCAGGUCCAGCAGCGUGCCUUUGUUUAAAGAGCCGGGGCCCGGGCGGCCCCCCGAGAGCACGGGCCUGUGCGUCACUGUUUCCAGCUCGGACGACGAGCCAGACACCACCGCCCAGAGCAUCUGCGAUUCCGCCCAAGCCGGCCUCCCUGUGUACGAGGGCCUGAAGUUCUGCGCCAGCCGCAACACCGACAGGAUCUACCUCUACACCAAGGAGGGAACUCCUCUGAACUGCAACUUCAUCCCUAUGGACAUCCAGCUGGACUCCUGGGACGACCUGCCGGAGGCCUUCGGCCGGAGUGAGAACAGGAGGCAGGUGCUGCGUUUUGUGCGGGAAUGGAGCGCCCUGACGGCCAUGAAGCAGAGGGUAGUCCGGCGAAGCGGACGCGUCUUCCGCAGCCCGAUCCUGGCCGUAGAUGAGAUCACCAGCGGCCAGCGCAGGCAGAGCAUCACCAAAAGGUUCCUGACCAAAGAGGACGUGGCACAGGCAUCCCUGAGCAAAGCCCAGAGGGACGGGGGGACGGUCCGCAUCGCCGCUCCAGAGGGCUUCUUCGCCAAAAAGAAGGCCGCUCCGCUGGCCAGCCCGACGGCGGACAAAAAAGACGGGCGCUCCUCAGAGUCCCGUCCCACGGACGCGCCGGACCCGGGGGAGGGGGGUUACCUGCAGGCCGUGGACGGCGGGGGCAACCCCCUGUGCCUGUCCUGCCAGCGGCCCUGCGGGGACGCGCGUUUCUGCGGGCGCGAAUGCCAGGAGGAGUUCCAGGUGCGCAGCAGCCAGGGCUACAUGCGGGCGCGGGUGCUGGAGGCCGAGCAAGGGGUCUGCCAGCACUGCGGCCUCCACGCCCACCAGCUGUUCCAACGCGUGCGCGACGCCCCCCCCGGGAGCAGGAAGGAGCUGCUGGAGAGCACCUGGCUCUCCCAGCUCUCCCUCAAACAGCUCAACGAGAUGAUCCGGAACCCGGCGGAGGGGCAGUUCUGGCAGGUGGACCACAUCCGGCCCGUCUACAGCGGGGGUGGCCAGUGUUCCCUAGACAACCUGCAGACCCUCUGCACCGUCUGCCACAGAGAGAGGACCGCCCAGCAAGCCAAAGAGAGGAGCCAAACGCGGAAAGGAAUAGCCGCCUCCAAAGUGGCUUCAGACAUCACUAGGUUCUUAGUCAAGAAAUGAU